CCGUACACAGAUUUACAGAUCGAGAGAGAAGGGAAAGGAGAGACAGCUAAGAGAAGAGGGGGAAAACUAGAGGAGUAAGGUCCACUUGGCAUGUUAUUGUCUCAAUGGAGAUGCAAGGGACUCACUGAAUGGGAUUUUCUCCACUGGAAAAGUACUCUAUGAAGGACCCUCUCUGACGGACUGGUACAUGCUACCGCCACAGCUCCUCUGGAGAGACGUGAAAAACCAGAACUUCCUGUCACUCUCCAUCUGACUCAAGCCAUCACAGCUACGUCUAUCACAGCACCUCUGCAUAUCUCUGUCCACCAUGAGUGACGACAGGGAAAGACAAGGUGCCGAUGGAGGCUGCGGGGCCAAACAGCCGCCCAACGUCAAACCCAAACCUGACAGCAAAGACAGCAUCAAGAAGGAGAAAAAGGAGAAAUCCACCAAGGUGCGUAGGUCCAUGAGCACUGACUCAGAGAGAGGAGGGGGAUCUGGGAGAAGGAGGGAGCGAAAGAGAGACAAAGGUUCGAGGAGAGAGCGUGGUAGAAGCGAGGAGAACAGGAGACAAGACAGGGAUGGAGAUGACAGCAACCGGAAGGAGUUUGACCCCCAGGAAAAUGACAUGGAGGACACUGAGUGCGUGGUUUGCUUCUGCGAAUACAACAACGUCUUUAAAACCCCCAAGCUGCUCUCCUGCGGGCACACCUUCUGUCUGGAGUGCCUGGCCCGGAUCAACGUGAACUCCUUAGAGCUCAAGUCUCUUUCCUGCCCUGUGUGUCGAGAGCUCACCAAGCUGCCCCAUGGCCGCAACCUGCCCCAGCUGGGCAACAACCAGGACAUCUUCCGCAAACUCCCUCCAGAGAUGCAGAGGGCGUUGUCCGUGCGCUUCAAGCGCAGCAAGGGCAAGCUGGUCCUCAAGAAGCCCCCUCCUGGUACUACUAGCCUGGCCAAGUCCAGCCUCACCCUGCCCACUCUCAAGAAGCAGGACCGACAGGCCUCCAGCGACCUCCAGCUGGGCACCAUGGACCAGGGCCUCGCCACUGUCGUGGAUGUGGGUCGCCCCCCUAGCAGGGUCAGAGGUCGCCUGCGCAGGAUGUUCCGCUCGGACCAGUGCUACUACACCGUGAUGGCUUCCAUCAUCACCAUCGCCGUGGCGCUGAUGCUGAUGGGCAUCCUGGCCUUCAUGGUCAUGCCCAAUGUGGUCCUCCACAACGGCAGCAAACCGCAGCAGGGGAAUUCCAGCCAACCACAGGCCGGUUAACCAGGGGGUCAAAUACCCUGAGGAAAAGAGGGGAUGGUGGUGGGAUGAAUGGAAGUAAGACCAGAGGAGAUAAUCACUCUGAUGUUUUGAGAGGACAAAGAUUGUCAGUGACCCUAGUAUCUGCCAUUUCAUUUUCUUUACUAAUACUCAGUUACGAGGAAAAUGUGAAUGAACUGAAAAGAAAGGUGACCCUGAAAGCACUAGAGCACACUCAACUGGGGUCAAUACAUAACAAGGACCAUGUUGUUUAUGAAGGACUGAUGCACUACUAAUGGGAAAAGUGUAUCAAGAGUUAUUUUUUAUCCACCAUGUUGUCUUCCUUCCUGCAGUAUACACAUCAUGAACAAGGAACAUUUACCCAAAUGUGAACGGGACAGCUAUUGCAGUGAAGUGAGAGUGGACAAUGGAUGUUGUCUGGGGAAAUGUAAUUCAUUAAAAAGUUGUGUAUUAUGUAAUUGCA